AUGCACUGUAGCAGAUACGCCCAUCAGACCGGCUCGUCACGUCAAAUUGGCAACGCUGGCGUCGUUGCAGCCCUGUCUGUGCGCGUCGGCGUCGGCGGCGGGCAGUUUCGAUUGGGGUGGCCGGCGCGCACCGCUAUAGCGUCACGUGAUUCCGUCCGACCAUUGACAAAACAAAAACACACCGACCGGCCGCCGCGAUCGUCCGUUUGCUGUGUGUGCGUUUAUUUGGUGGAUUUCGGGAUACGGUUCGUGUUUCGAGUAGUAACAGAUACUAGUGCCAAUUUUCACUACUACAGAGAAGGACCUCCUAGCGCCUGGACGCAAUGUGAGGAACGCGAUAGCCUGCAUAUCGUUAUUGUGAUUCAGUGUUAUGAUGCGCAAAACUGAAAAGUGCCUUGAACGUUUCGGAUGGAAUAGUGAUUUUUUGGUUUUAUAUGUUUUGAUUAUGGUGCAGUGAUGGUGGAAAAAGUCGAAGGAUUUCUCAUGUAUCGCAAACCGGUCUACAGGAUUUUCCAGUAUCUAGAAACGUAAGUU